CCCCCCAGCCCGACCCCCCCAGCUCGGCCCUCCCCUCCCCCUGCUUCCUUUCUUGGGGGAGGGGGGCUGCCGCCUGGGAUUGAAGGCCAUUGAUUUGCAUGGUUUGGUCCCAGCGCCGGAGGCUGCCCCAGCCGCCCGCGCCGGAGCCGCCGCUGCCCGUGGAGUUGCCUCCCUGCUUCCCUAGGGUGGUGCGGCUCCACCAAACAUGUCGGCUCCGGUCGGGCCCCGGGGCCGCCCGGCUCCCACCCCGGCGGCCGCGCAGCCGCCGCCGCCUCCUCCGCCUCCUCCGCAGCCCGAGAUGCCGGACCUCAGCCACCUCACGGAGGAGGAGAGGAAGAUCAUCCUGGCCGUCAUGGAUCGCCAGAAGAAAGAAGAGGAGAAGGAGCAGUCCGUGCUCAAGAUCAAAGAAGAGCCCAAACCGCAGCCGACACAGUGGUUUCCCUUUAGUGGGAUCACUGAACUGGUAAAUAACGUUCUUCAGCCCCAGCAAAAACAACAAAAUGAAAAGGAGCCCCAGACAAAACUGCAUCAACAGUUUGAAAUGUAUAAGGAACAAGUCAAGAAGAUGGGAGAAGAAUCGCAGCAGCAGCAAGAACAGAAGGGCGAUGCCCCAACCUGUGGGAUCUGCCACAAGACGAAGUUUGCUGAUGGAUGUGGCCAUAACUGUUCUUAUUGCCAAACCAAGUUCUGCGCUCGGUGUGGGGGUCGAGUGUCAUUACGCUCAAACAAGGAGGACAAAGUGGUUAUGUGGGUGUGUAAUUUGUGCCGAAAACAACAAGAAAUCCUCACCAAAUCAGGAGCGUGGUUUUAUAAUAGCGGGUCUACUCCAUCACAGCAACCCGAUCAAAAGGUUCUUCGAGGGCUUCGAAAUGAGGAGGCACCUCAGGAGAAGAAAGCGAAACUCCAUGAGCAGACCCAGUUCCAAGGACCCUCAGGAGACCUACCUGUACCUGCAGUGGAGAAAGCUCGCUCUCAUGGGCUCACAAGACAGGAUUCUAUUAAAAACGGAUCCGGAGUGAGGCACCCGGUUGCCAGUGAUGUCUCUUCUGACAGGAAAAGAAGUCCAUCAGUGUCCCGGGAUCAAAAUCGAAGAUACGACCAGAGUGAAGAGAGAGAGGAAUAUCCACAGUAUGUUCCUUCAGAUAGCACAAUGCCUAGAUCUCCAUCAGAUUAUGCUGAUAGACGAUCUCAGCGGGAACCUCAGUUUUAUGAAGAACCGGACCAUUUAAAUUAUAGGGAUUCUAACAGGAGAGGCCAUAGACAUUCCGCAGAGUAUAUUGUAGACGAUGAGGAUGUGGAGAGCAAAGAUGAGUAUGAAAGGCCGAGCAGGGAGGAGGAGUACCAGGCGCGCUACAGAAGUGACCCGAAUUUGGCCCGGUAUCCGGUAAAGCCACAACCCUAUGAAGAACAAAUGCGGAUCCAUGCCGAAGUGUCCCGAGCACGACACGAGAGAAGGCACAGCGAUGUGUCUUUGGCAAACGCUGAACUAGAAGAUUCCAGGAUUUCUCUGCUAAGGAUGGAUCGACCCUCAAGGCAAAGAUCUGUAUCUGAACGUAGAGCUGCCAUGGAGAGUCAACGCUCUUAUUCUAUGGAAAGAACUCGAGAGGCUCAGGGGCAAAGUUCUUAUCCACAAAGGACCACAAAUCACAGUCCCCCCACCCCCCGGAGGAGCCCUAUCCCGGUCGAUAGACUAGACACCAGGCGAGCUGACUCCCCGCGGAAACACCACCACUUAGAUCCCAGCUCUGCUGUCCGGAAAACGAAACGGGAGAAAAUGGAGGCCAUGCUUAGGAACGAUUCUCUGAGUUCAGACCAGUCGGAGUCAGUGAGGCCCCCUCCGCCACGGCCUCACAAAUCGAAGAAAGGAGGUAAAAUGCGCCAGGUUUCCCUGAGCAGCUCUGAGGAGGAGUUGGCGUCCACACCUGAAUACACGAGUUGUGAUGAUGUUGAGAUUGAGAGCGAGAGUGUGAGCGAGAAAGGGGACAGUCAAAAGGGAAAAAGAAAAACUAGUGAGCAGGGAGUUUGGUCGGAUUCUAACACCAGGUCUGGGAGACAGAGGAAAAGGAUGUACUGUGGUGGCCACUCUUUGGAAGAGGAUUUGGAAUGGUCUGAGCCUCAGAUUAAGGACUCUGGGGUAGAUACCUGUAGUAGCACCACUCUUAACGAGGAGCAUAGCCAUAGUGAGAAGCACCCUGUGACCUGGCAGCCAUCCAAAGAUGGAGAUCGCCUAAUUGGUCGUAUUUUAUUAAAUAAGCGUUUGAAAGACGGGAGUGUGCCUCGAGAUACAGGAGCAAUGCUGGGUUUAAAGGUUGUAGGAGGAAAGAUGACUGAAUCAGGUCGGCUUUGUGCAUUUAUUACCAAAGUGAAAAAAGGAAGUUUAGCUGAUACUGUAGGACAUCUUAGACCAGGUGAUGAAGUACUAGAAUGGAAUGGGCGGCUAUUGCAAGGAGCCACAUUUGAGGAAGUUUACAACAUUAUUCUAGAAUCCAAACCUGAACCACAGGUUGAGCUUGUUGUAUCAAGACCAAUUGGAGAUAUCCCUAGAAUACCCGACAGCACACACGCACAACUGGAAUCCAGUUCUAGCUCAUUUGAAUCUCAAAAAAUGGACCGUCCUUCUAUAUCUGUUACCUCUCCCAUGAGUCCUGGAAUGCUGAGGGAUGUCCCGCAGUUCUUGUCUGGACAGCUUUCAAGCCAAAGCCUUAGUAGAAGAACAACGCCUUUUGUUCCUAGGGUUCAGAUAAAGCUAUGGUUUGACAAGGUUGGUCACCAGUUGAUAGUUACAAUCUUGGGAGCAAAGGAUCUCCCUUCCAGGGAAGACGGGAGGCCAAGGAAUCCAUACGUUAAAAUUUACUUUCUUCCAGACAGAAGUGAUAAAAACAAGAGAAGAACGAAAACAGUAAAGAAAACAUUGGAACCCAAAUGGAGCCAGACCUUCAUUUACUCUCCUGUCCACCGAAGAGAAUUCCGGGAACGGAUGCUUGAAAUCACCCUUUGGGAUCAAGCUAGAGUUCGAGAAGAAGAGAGUGAAUUCCUAGGAGAGAUUUUAAUAGAAUUGGAAACAGCUCUGUUGGAUGAUGAACCACAUUGGUACAAACUGCAGACCCAUGAUGUCUCUUCCUUGCCUCUCCCUCACCCUUCUCCAUAUUUGCCACGAAGACAGCUCCAUGGAGAGAGCCCAACACGCAGGUUACAAAGGUCGAAGAGAGUGAGCGACAGCGAGGUCUCUGACUAUGAUUGUGACGAUGGCGUUGGUGUAGUAUCAGAUUACCGGCACAAUGGUCGUGAUCUUCAAAGCUCCACAUUGUCAGUGCCAGAACAAGUAAUGUCCUCAAACCACUGUUCACCGUCAGGGUCUCCCCACCGCGUAGAUGCUAUAGGAAGGACUAGGUCGUGGUCACCGAGUGCCCCUCCCCCACAAAGCAGGAAUGUGGAACAGGGGCUUCGAGGGACACGUGCUCCUGGUCAUUACAAUACAAUUAGCCGAAUGGACAGACACCGGGUCAUGGAUGACCAUUAUUCUCCAGAUAGAGACAGUCAUUUUCUUACUCUACCUCGCUCCAGAUACAGUCAGACCAUUGAGCAUCAUCACAGGGAUAGAAGGGACUGUGAAGCAGCAGAUAGACAGCCAUAUCACAGAUCCAGAUCAACAGAGCAGCGGCCUCUCCUAGAGCGGACCACCACCCGCUCCAGAUCCUCUGAACGUCCUGAUACAAACCUCAUGAGGUCGAUGCCUUCACUAAUGACUGGAAGAUCUGCCCCUCCUUCACCUGCCUUACCGAGGUCUCACCCUCGGACCGGGUCUGUCCAGACAAGUCCAUCAAGUACUCCUGUAGCAGGACGAAGGGGCCGGCAGCUGCCACAGCUCCCACCAAAGGGAACACUGGAGAGAAAAGCAGGAGGUGAGAAGAGACACAGAGAAGCAGGAGAGGAGAGGAGACACAGAGAAGCAGGAGGUGAGAAGAGACACAGAGAAGCAGGAGAGGAGAGGAGACACAGAGAAGCAGGAGGUGAGAAGAGACACAGAGAAGCAGGAGAGGAGGGGAGACACAGAGAAGCAGGAGAGGAGGAGAGACACAGAGAAGCAGGAGAGGAGGGGAGACACAGAGAAGCAGGAGAGGAGGGGAGACACAGAGAAGCAGGAGGGGAGGAGAGACACAGAGAAGCAGGAGAGGAGGGGAGACACAGAGAAGCCGGAGAUGAGGAGAGACACAGAGAAGCCGGAGAUGAGGAGAGACACAGAGAAGCAGGAGGGGAGGGGAAAACACAAGAUGCUCCCGAGCCGGGGAGAGACAGAGAGCACGUGCUCAGGAGUGUCUCCCAAGACGACGAUGAGGACAGUGUGUUUACAUCCAAAAUGCAAAGCAGACAGAUGGGCAUGUCAGGGAAGAACAUGACCAAAAGCACGAGCAUCAGUGGAGACAUGUGCUCCCUCGAGAAGAAUGAUGGCAGCCAGUCGGACACCGCAGUGGGCACCUUGGGUACCAGUGGCAAGAAGCGACGCUCUAGCAUUGGGGCCAAAAUGGUAGCUAUUGUUGGUCUCUCCCGGAAGAGUCGCAGUGCGUCUCAACUCAGCCAAACCGAAGCAGGAGGUAAAAAGCUCCGGAGCACUGUCCAGAGAAGCACAGAAACCGGCCUGGCAGUGGAGAUGAGGAACUGGAUGACGCGGCAGGCCAGCCGGGAGUCCACAGACGGCAGCAUGAACAGCUACAGCUCGGAAGGAAACCUGAUUUUCCCUGGUGUCCGCCUGGCCUCUGACAGCCAGUUCAGUGAUUUCCUUGAUGGCCUCGGCCCUGCUCAGCUGGUGGGACGCCAGACCCUGGCUACUCCUGCAAUGGGUGACAUCCAGGUGGGCAUGAUGGACAAAAAGGGACAACUGGAGGUGGAAAUCAUUCGGGCUCGAGGCCUUGUCGUCAAACCAGGUUCCAAGACACUGCCAGCACCGUACGUCAAGGUGUAUCUGUUAGACAACGGAGUCUGCAUAGCCAAAAAGAAGACGAAGGUGGCAAGGAAGACCCUGGAGCCCCUGUAUCAGCAGCUCUUGUCCUUCGAGGAGAGCCCCCAGGGAAAGGUGUUACAGAUCAUUGUCUGGGGAGAUUAUGGCCGCAUGGACCACAAAUCCUUUAUGGGAGUGGCCCAGAUACUUUUAGACGAACUAGAACUAUCCAAUAUGGUGAUUGGAUGGUUCAAACUCUUCCCGCCUUCCUCCCUAGUAGAUCCAACCUUGGCACCUCUGACAAGAAGAGCUUCCCAAUCGUCUCUGGAAAGUUCUACUGGACCUUCUUAUUCUCGUUCAUAGCAACUAUAAAACUGUUGUCACAACAACCAGCGAUACAGAAACAGAAGAAAAUGCACAGGUCGAAACCCCUGGUAACACUGCAUGCUUGAUGUUGUGUCUUUGGAGCCCACGUCUAGGGAUACAAAGCGAUCCUGUGUUCUCAGAGGAAGUCGUACAUAUUGUGCCCUAGCGAAGGCCCUCAGGUCCAAGAGCAGAGCUGUGAAGAACUGUCAGGUUUGGAGUUCAGUGACACUCGAGUUCUGGUCCAAUCUGAAGCCAUGGAUUAAUCUCAAAGAAUCAGUCAGCCCUUUUCAAUGGCACCUUUAUAUUUUUAUCGUUUUUCUUCAUUUAUCUGACCCAAAAGCCUGUUAUGCCACAGAAAUGGAGCUCUACAGCCAUUAAGCCACACUACAGGCCAAGGAGCAAAGUCCUAGGAAGCGUCAGGUGAAAAGCAAGAGACCAAAGACGUGGUCAGGAGCAGAGUUGGCCACCGCUCCCAAGGGGGCUCCGGCAGGGAGACUGGUAGACUCUGGGAAGCCCCAGGAGGCAUGGCAUUCACUAAUGCCGAGAUGUGUUGGACUCUGAAAUCAAAAUUCUGGGACUGCACUGUACUGAAUGAAAUUAAAGAAACUUUUUUUUGCAUGGACACAGAUUAGCUGAAUAUUUAAAUUAUUUUCUCGGGGCUGCAACUUGCAAAAAAAAUAAUAAAAAUAAAAUAAAAAUCAGCCAUUUUCAACAAUUUAUAUUAUUUUUAAAAGUAAAUUUCACUAGUGCAUGGUUUUAAAAUGGGAGAGAAUGCAGCAGGGUGAUACAAAGACACACCGUGUUUAUUCUUUAAUCACAGUCUGUGUUUUGGCAGACAUUACAAAUGAAAAUACUUUCUAGCAGAUACUUAAAAUCCUCUUUAUGUGACAAUAAGUAUAAUAUAUUCAAUUUAUUUCCAUGUUAAAUAUACAGAUCUUAUGAAAUUCAAUAUGUGCAAAUUUUUCACAUCUUUCCUCUUCUCUAUCUCACUUUUCUUCCCACUUUUAACCUUUUUUUUCUUCUCUCCUCCUGAGUGAGCCCUAUACUAAAAUACUGCAGAUCUUUCACCUGACCCUCUUGUACCCCAUAUUUGAUUCAGAGCACAGAUGCGUCUGAAUUCAUGGAUUUCUCAAAUCUGUUCGAGAGCUUUCUUUAUUUCAAGCAUGUUGAAAGGAUUUUGCAACAUGACUUGGGACAUAAAGCAAGUCAGCACGUAUUUGACAAAGAAGAUAUUUGAACAUUUGCAGUUUAUUGUACAGUGCAUGGUAAUUUUUUUUCACCUUAAAAAUUCAGUUUACAGGAAAAUCCUAAAGUCAUGUGGCAUUGUAAUGUCUAACAAAUUUGUUUUUAGCACCAGCAUUAUUCAUACAGGGGGUUAAGUAUUAUUUGUAGGUCUUAGGUUUUGUUUGUUUUUUAAUUUGUUAAAGCAAUUUCUUUAGCUGAUUUCCAUUUACUAUGUGAAUAGAAACACUGCUAACUAUGUGGAGCCCUGAAACACAGGGCUGUUUAUUAAUUCAUUUUUCUGUAGUAAAAUUCAAUUUUUCACAAAUUAUAUUUCUAAAGAAAUAUAGUAAACAUAAAUUUGCAACAAUUUUAAAGCUCCAAUUUUUAGAUGACUCGAAGAACGUCAAUAUGCCUCUUAACAGUUAUUGGACGCCGUCACCAAAAGUCCUCAUGCAGACCCUCAAGUCAAAACCCCACGUGCGAUUCACGGGCAGUUUUUACCGUUGAGUGACGCCGCAAGGCCCAGUUUCUCUCCAGGUCCCUACUGAGAGGAAAUGGCACUGGUCAAUGUAAUAAACCACCCAUCCUUUCUGUUUCUUACAUAUGCUUUGAUUACACAUCCUUAAAAGAUUGCUUUUAUCUCCUUGCAGUAAUUUUUGAAAUCCAUCUACAUCCCGUUUGUUUAAAUGGAGACCAUGCACACACAAAAAAAUAUUUUCUUUGUUUCUCUUUUUGAAUUCAAUGCUGACCAUUGAAAACUGUCAUGCUUGAUAUGGUGCAAAAGUUAAAAUGAGCUAUCACUCAAAAUGCCUUCUCUUUAUGUGGUGCAACAUGAACUACACCAAGACCGUGUCUUGAUUUUCUGAGACCUAUGGCAGACCCAGGCGAAGGUGAGACAAGAAGGAACAUAAUGCCAUGAGAUACUUUCGACACCUGCGUACCAGCAGCGAUUUGGUUUAAGAGACCUGUAGCGUCUUUGUUCUCCCUUAGGCUAGACAUUCACUAUGUUCCUGACACUAAAAUGAGUCACAGAAUCUUUUCUGCAUAUUCCUAUACAAAUUAUUUCUAAUUUUACUAAGAAAGACAUGACUGUGGAAUAUUUGUACAUACUUGUCAUUAUGCAGUAUUUAUUUAAAAGUUGGUGUACUUUUUUUUAAUUUUCACAUGUCUGCACCUCAACUUGUGGUUCCGUCAUGUAAAUAGCACCUGCCAGUGACCGUUGCUGCCCUGUACAUAGAAUGUUUUCAAGUAAAGGGAAUUCCAGUUGGGGAGAAAUGGGGGGGAGGGCAGAUUAGGCCUGUAACAAACACCGACUGAUGUAAAUCAAAUUCAUUCUGGUGAUGGUAUUUAACACUUUAAAUAAACCAUUUUCUUUACA